ACUUGUGUCGUUACAACAAAACACAGCUGAACUUGAAGCUUUCUCCUCUCUCGCGUCUUUACAUUAGUUGCUCCUCUGACAGACAGACAGUCAGACAGACAGACUUUCACCUCCGCUGUCUGGACAGUGACGAUGCGCCUCGACAUGACUCUCCUCCACAUUCUUGCUGUGGUCUUCCUGCCUGGUGCAUGGGGUCAAAGCAGCAGCAGUAGUCUCGGUGUGGUGGUGGAGGCUAAGAACAUCACCCUCCCAGCAGGCUCUCAGGCCGUUCUGCCCUGCCACAGCCCCCGCAUGGUGUGGACACGGGACACACUGAAGGACCGGCAAAGGGUGGUGCACUGGGACCUGGUCCGCAGCAGCCCAGAAUAUUCUGUCGAGAGAGUCCUGGACAUGUCACCUGGAGCUCGCCAAAGGGUCUACAAUGGCUUCAACAAAGGCCGCGUCUCCAUCUCUGAGUCUGCUUUCAACGACGGCAACUUCUCCCUCAUCAUCAACAAUGUGGUCACAACGGACAGAGGAGUGUAUACAUGUAAUCUGCACCAUCAUUACUGCCAGAUGCACCAAUCCAUUCAAGUCCAGCUCAAUGUAACCAAGUCAGUGCGAAAAGAGAAACGUUACUGGGAUGGAGAGAAGACUGUGUUUGUGGUGUUGCUGGGCAGCUCUGUGGUGUUGCCUUGUGUGAACCGGCGCCCCCUGUGGAGAGAGGGUCUUCAGGAGGACCAGCAGCAAGUGGCUCACUGGGACUUCCAGCCACCGGGUGUGCGCCCUGAUAAGGCUGACCGCCUGAUAGACCUCUAUGCGUCUGGAGAGCGCCGGGAUUACGGACUACUCUUUGCCAAGAACAAGAUGAGCGUGACCGAGGACGCGUUCACGUUAGGCGACUUCUCGCUGUCCAUCGCUGAGUUGAAGCCUGUGGACAAAGGCCUGUACAUCUGCCACCUGCACCACCACUACUGUGGACUUCACGAGAGACGCAUUUUCAGACUCUCCGUGGGACCUCCACUUCCAGCCAGCCCCGCCCCCACAACACCCAGAGUUUUCCACAAAUAUGAGCCAGAACCAAGGACUAAUGAGGUGGAGAGUCCUCGCGUGGUGAACGUUAUCCUCCCCGAGCAACGCAGCUAUUUCAUGCAGCAUUUGGGCUACUUCCUGGCGACACUGCUGCUGCUGGCGUUCAUCGUCAUCGGCGUCAUUGUGCUGACACGACAACGGAAAAAGAGAGGGCUGGAUUACGAUCUGCGUCGAUUUGAACAAGGAAAUGUGAUCCAUGGAGGAGAAAUGUCCGUAGACUGCACAGAGCUGAGGGCCUGCAACCAAGAGCCUCUGAAUUCAGAAUACAAAAACAACCUACUGAAAGAGAGAGACAUGAGCAAAGACUGCAAUAAGGAUUUUGACGGAAGGCUGUGGAAGUGAAAGUGCAAUGUUUCUGCUGAGAUGCUGCUGGCAGGUCCAGGGCAAACGCCUGAAGAGCAGAAGAUGAUCGUGGAAAGAAAGAAGAGGGGGGAAAAAGAAAGAAAGAAAGAAUGAAAGAAAUUGCAGGAGAGGACAGGACAGGAGGAAUGUUCCCUCUGCUGUAAUUUUAGCACACCGAGUGAGUUUUUUUUCUUCACAAAGAGCAACACAUUUUUGUGUAUUUUUAAUAUAACUCGCUAACUUUCACCACUUAUAAGGUUACAACAAUAACAGUACGGUUAAACAUGUAUUAGCUACCCACUCUCUGUGUUCUUUAUUUGGUUUUAUGUUGAAUAUAAGACGGUUUUAUCUUACCUUUUUUUUUUACAUUUUGCAAUUAAAGUGCAUGCCGUUUGUUUGAGUAUGUUUUCCUUGUCGCUCACAGAGCUCCUAUUAGCUGAUGAAAUGUAAUAAUAAUAUUCCUUUUAAUACAAAUCCUGCUGUGCCUUUGGAGAAGCUAUUUCACCAAAUGUUCAUGUUUUUGUAUCAGUGGUUGGAAACAAGUGGAACUAUGUAGAACAGCUUCUACAGUUUUGAUCAUAAAAAUGUAAACUGUGUCCUCGUUAUUAUGUAUGUCUAAAAGAAGAGCUUUUAAUUCAGUCAUUUCCUCCAGAAAUGGGUCCGGUUUCUUCAGAUGAAUUCAGAUGAUUGAUAACGUGAAGAAUUUUUCAAUUUUAGCACCAUGGACUAAAGGCUAAACCAUCUAAAACCCCAACACUCAGGAAAACAAAGGAAUAAUAAUGUUUUAACCAUUUACUUGUUUGUAACGGGCUGUGCAGUAGGUUACUUAAAACACUGAAUGUUCACUGUUGAAACAAACUGCUGGUUAAUGAUACAGGUAGUUACAGCUCUGCGAGGUGAACUGCAGGAGGAAGUGCGUCUACCAUCUCUGUCAUGGUAAAUCACAAACUGUAGUUUUUUCUUUAUGUGCCUGUCUCUCUCUCUCUGUCUUGCUCACUAGCACACACUGUGUUGAUCUCUUUUAAUAAAGUAAUUCUAUUAAAACGUUACAACAGUG